UUUAUUACAGAAGAAAACGCCAUUUUGAUUCUCUAUACCUAAACUAAAAAAUCGUGAACGAAUUAAUUACGUCUUUAAUUCUUGAAUUUUGAUAUAAGUUCAAGGGCUGCAUCGACCAAUUAUCGCCCCUGAUAUGGAUAGAAUGAAUUGAUAACAGUGAAUAUCAAUAAUUGUGCAGUGAACAUUUUGAAUGAAUGCAAUAUAUUCACAUUUGGAUAAAAAAAAUUGACUCGUAUUUUUUUUGUAAUCGAAUAACACACAUUUUUUUCGCUCUGCUACUGUGUAAAUGCUCGAAUUAUACAAUAUUGUUUAUCGAAUGACGUCAUUGAUGAAUUCAAGGUCCUAAGGAAAAUCAGUUUUUUUGUGAGAGAAAAUGUCCGUGCAACAAUUUUGUUUGCGCUGGAACAAUCAUCAGCCGAACUUUAUAUCAGUGUUUUCAUCACUUUUACAUAAUGAGGCUCUUGUUGACGUUACGCUAGCGGCUGAAGGAAGACAGCUGCAGGCACAUAAAGUUGUACUUUCAGCAUGUAGUUCAUACUUUCAGUCGUUGUUCACAACCAAUCCUUGCCAGCAUCCGAUUGUGAUUUUGAAAGAUGUCCAAUAUAAUGAUCUGAAAACGAUGGUUGAUUUUAUGUACUAUGGUGAAGUAAAUGUGUCACAAGAGCAACUUCCACAUAUACUAAAAACAGCUGAAAUGCUGAAAAUCAAAGGUUUAGCUGAGAUGCCCGAUCCAGUUUCGCUAACCAAAUCCGAAAGCAAAUCAUCCGAUCAAACCGAUCCGAACGUGCAAAAUAGUGGCGUUGAAUCAAUGUGGGGAAGCAGCGAAUCACAGCAAUAUCACCAACAGACACUGCAACAUCAAACAUCGCAUCAAACCCAACAACAGCAACCACAAAGACGUUCUCCGACACCUGGCACAAUAUCACCCUCGGCAAAUCGACGAAAACGGCUGCGAAAGGCCUCAACAGCUGGUUCUGGUUCGGCAUCUACUGAGCGCACAUCGGAAGAACAUAGCAGCAUCGAAGGUCAAGCAGAUGCCACAAAUCAACCACAUGACGCUACGCACGAAAACGUUGAUGCUGGAAAUCAUUCGCAUCACAUCCAUCAGAUCUCUUAUAUUAAGAAAUCGGAUGAAUUGUCAAAUGUGUCGCAGCAACAGAUGCCCAUAGAUAUUACGAGCCCAACUACGCCAUCGGAUCAUGGAACUUCAGUUAGUUGUUCGCAAUCACAAACACCACACGCUAAAAAUUUAGUUGUACCUGGAGCGAAACGUGGAAGACCAUUGAUACGGCAAUCGCGUAUUAAAAAAGACAUCGAUCCAAGUCAAAUGCCGUCCUCACCAGAUGAUAUUGAUUAUGAACUGAGCUCGAGCCCAUACUCACAUCGUUUAUCAGCCACAUCGUCCGUUUCGAAAAUGGAACGGCAUGUGUCCGAACCAUCGCCACGAUUAUCAUCGCAAUCACCGCCUCCAUUAUCUUCAACGGCAGCGACGGCGAUGCAAUUACUUACCGUACCACAUGCUCCAGUUUUAACCAAGCAACACAGUGCACCAAGUCAAUCAAUAUGUGAUACGCAAUUCUCUUAUCAUCGACAAGAGUCGCAUUCGCAUUUCUCAUUGCAUCGUCAACUUUCUCUGCCAUCAUCUCAUUCGCCUCCGCCCGAACGUGGCACUGCCAUUGAUCCAUUCAUAGUUGCCGAGGAGAAGGAUUCACAUGCAUCAGCGUCGGGCAGCAGUAGCCAUUCGGUGCGUCCAUCGGUCAGCACAAGUAUAUCGGUGACCGAACAAAAAAUGCCUCAUGAUCUAAGUCCAACAUUUGUCGUAUCUGAACCGACCGAACAAGGUCCGCCACCGAUGCGAGUCAGAUCUGAAGAAUUACAACGAUCUGUUUCAUCGCCACAGCAUUUAUUACGAGAGAUUUCAUUAGAAAACCGCUCGCAACAUUGUCCAGUUAUUCGACCCGGUCCGGCAUUAGGUUGUAAUUUCUGUUGGAAUACGAUUGAUGCACAUGGACGUAUUUUGCGACGCAAAACAAAAUAUCAUUGUCCUGAAUGUCAAACAAAUUUGUGCAUUGUGCCAUGCUUUCAAGAAUACCAUGAACGACAAACUUCAAAUGAACAACCAUCAACUUCUUCGUCCAAUGAUACAGCAAAAAAUUUGACAACACCAUCUGGACUACGACAUCAUCCGAAAUCAAGUUCACUGUCGUAAGAAUUCAAAUCGCACAAAUGAAUUUUAUACCACCAAAAAAUGCAAUUUCAUUCGCUUCACACAAACACACAAACAUACAUACAUAUGAAGUAAUUGAAUUUUAAAAAAAUUCUGUAAAAGAUGCGGAUUAAUCAGAUGAACUCUUUUCCAACCGUGUUCCUAAAUUCGAUAUUUAUAUAUAUAUGUGUGUUAUUGCAGAUAUUGACAUAACUAACUGAUCUUAAAUCAAAUGAAAUGAUAUGAUUUUAAAUUAGAAAGUAGAGACAGAAAAGCCAUCAUUUUUUUGGGUCUUGGACUGAGUCGCAAACAUUUCAGUAUUUUAUUUUAUUUUUUCGAGAUUUUUUUUUCGCAUACUUUUGGCUAAUCAUUUUCUGAAAGUGAUCUUCGAUACAUUUUUUUUACCGUUGUAGUUGUUCAACGCUUUGGCUUGACGACCUCUAGCUGGCUUUCAGUGAACAUUUUCUUGCUUUUUGUUGCGAAUGAAGAAACACAGCUUCAAAACGCACUUUAGAAUUCAUGUUUUUGUUGUAAUUGCGACUUAGUUUUUGAUCCCAUCUGGCAACAUGAAAAAGCAAAUUCAAAUUCCGGCAAAAUUCAAAUGUUUCAAUCUGAUUAUGCUGUAUGGCCCAACGCAAAAUUUACUGUAGAGAAUCAUAUCCUUUAGCAAAAGUACAAAAUAGACAACCUGAGAAUUCCCGAUGAAUUCAAAAAAAAAAAACAUUGUUAUUGUUGUAAUUGCAAAAUUCAAAAUGCGAUUUUUUAGGCAUACAUUCAAACAAACUUAAACAUACAUAAACGAAUUAACUAAAAAAAAUACUGUGUCGUAUAUGAAAAAAUAUAUGAUAGUAACAUGGUAGUUCAAAAAGCACAAAUGUUCAAUGUUUUUUCUUUGAUGUUUUUGAGUAGUAAAAAUCCAAUUUUUUAUCAAAUUGAAAUGUGGGACGAACAAGUGAACGAGUUUACACUAAGGGAUCAUUUUUAAAUCUCCUUUGAAUUGCAUCACCAAAUAAAUAAUAAAUAUUUGCGAGAAGUAUCUUGGUAAAAUUGACAAAAUAUGGUGCCAUUUAGCAAACUAAAACAUAUAUUAAAAAUAACAUAGUCUUCUGUCAUUUUGAUGACAUUUAAAACAAAAAUACCAAACAAAUCUUGUAAAACCAAAAACCAAACUCGAAAAUGUAACAAAACAACAAAAUAAAAAAAAAUCGUUUUUUUCUGUUGUGCACGAAACAUUAAUAAAUAUGUACAUGAUUAGUAAUAAAAAAAAUAGUUUAAAAAAAGAAAAAAGUGAACAAACGAAAAUUUGGUAAAAAAAAAUCAUAAAAAUCCAUCGCAACCGAAAUCCAAUUUUGAAUGCAAAAAUAAAAUUGAUGUUGUUAUUUUUGUUGUUGUACCAUAAGGGAGCUUAAGGCUCAUCCAAUAAAAUAAUCAUCAUAGUAGAAAAGUCUUAUUUGUUGAAAAUGAAUCAAAUUAAUUAUAAGACAAUUUAAGAGAAAUACAUACAUCAUACAAGCAAACCAUGUGUGCAUGACAAUCUGAAAGAGUUAAAAAAAAACACUAAAAUGGAGCGAAAUAAAAUGGCCAGUAGAGUUUCAGCCAUCUAUAUAAGCAUCAAGUCAAUUGCGUUCACACAUAAACACACACUGCAAUACUACGUACAUGUAUAAAAUUGGUAUUAUUUAAACCCAUGAAUUGUUUUAUGGAUUAGUUUUUUUUUUCAUUAUAUUUAGUAGGGAUGGUAUAUACAGUGUCUCUGCAUGAGCUUGAUUUCACUUAUACUAGUCAAGCUCCAACACUUUAAAUAGCCAGUUUUGGUUCCUUGCUCAAGAUACAAAUCAUCACUGUAUACAGAUGAAAAUCUUUUACUCGUGCUUAUUGGAAGCUAUGCUAGUAGCAAUAAUGACUCAUGCGGAAGAAACUAGAUACACUGCUGCCAAAGUACACAAAACAAUUGAAAUACAAAAUAAAAUGAUCCAAACCGCAAAAGAUUCUCUAUCAGAUAGAAGUUUUGAAUAUUAAUAUUUAAAAUUUGGUAAACACGGGUCUUAUUUUAAAACAAUGAUUGGUUUAAUUAAUAUAUUCUUUAGCCGAAAAUUUAAUAUUGAGCAAAGCGAAGAAAAU